CUAAAACAAAUGAUCUGAGCCCAUCUAGUGAUUUCCACCAAGGCGUCCGAAGACAUUGCUAAACUAUUUUCUCAUUGUUGAUGUGUAUUGAUUGCUUAGUUGACUUUAAUCUGAUAAAUUGAAAUCUAUUUAAGAUGAGUUAUCGUCGAGGACCAAACUAUUCCAAUUCCUUCAAUGAGUUGGGCCGAGGUUAUCAAAGACCAAUGCAAAUGAAUCCGUGGAAUAAUUCUUCUGAGCCAAGAAACUCAAACUCUGGCAACUAUCAAGAAAAUGCUACUCUAUUGUUAGCCAAUAAUCUAAUUAGUAAUCUAAUCCGCAAUUCAAACAACAUUUUACCAUCAUUGCUGGAUGUUAAUCCUAUGCCAAUGGAUCAGGACUAUGGUACUCCAAGAAUGAGGCAAGGGGUGCCAGGAAAGAUGCUGAAUAGGAGCAAUAUGAGCAGGCAAGGUAACCGCGACUAUAGUCGCAAUCGUGUUGCCAAAAUGUCUGGUACUAAUAAUAUCGGCAACAAUAAGCGAUCGAAGCAGUUUAAGAAAACUCCUGGAAAUUUAAACAAUAGGAAUAAUAAAUCUCAGCCCGGGAAGAGAUCAAAUAAUGCUUCUGAAGACCAGAAAGGAAACGAAGCAGCAAAUGAAGAGAAACAAGUUGAUAAUGUUGAAAAAACCACUGAUUCUUCAGAUGAACAAAAUGCUACAAAAACUGAUGGUGGAAAUGCAGAAUCACCUAAGAAAAAUGUUGUUAAUGAAUUUGAAGGAGUUGAGAAAAGAUACUUUAAGUGUCAUGUUUGUAAAAAAAGCAUGUGGGAUGGCACUUCAUUUAAGAAACAUUUGAAAGGUCGGGCACAUUUAAUGAUGAUGGAGAGUUUAUCAGACAGUUAUGCUAUAAAGGGUCAACUCAUUCGUCAUGAGAUCCGUAUGGCAGAGAACACAAGACAGAUUGAAACAGAGCGCAAAAGACGUUUUGGCAAAGGUCAAAAUGUGAACAAACAAUCCAUGCCAGUGUUUUGUGCUAUGUGUGACACUGAAUUUACAAAUACAACUCUUACAUUGCAUCGUCACUCAUCAGGACAUUUGCGUCUAAAAAGAUUCUUGCAUCCUAAAUGUAUCUCCUGUGAUCAAGAGUUUCCCACUCGAAUUGAUUGGGAUGAACAUCUACUAUCAACAAGUCAUAUCAAGAAAAUUUCAGAAUUGGGAAUCAUCAAGCUAAGCAGUGAGGAUGACGAGCUAAAGGAAUAUGUUGAACAAGGAGAAGAUGCAGGAAUUGAUAUGCAAAAAUAUACAAUGGUUAAAGUUCAAGAUGCAAAUGUCAUAAAGCAAACAAUUGCAGAGACUUCGGAAGAAGGGGGAGAAAAAACAAGCAAACCUGAUAAUUUUACAGAUUUUGCAGAGGGAACUGACUUAUCUGGUUGCACACUUUCUGAUCUUCCCAAAUAUGAUCCAAAAACUCCAGUAGGAAUGAGUUUUAUCAAAGAAAUACCUUGUUAUAGCUGCACUAUAUGCCAUCAUUUUAUGGCAACUUCUGAGGCUGCAGCUGUGCAUAUGAAAUCACUCAAGCAUUAUGAAAGUUUCAUGAAAAUCAUGAAGAAGCAAGUUGCUUCUGCGCAGCAGAAAAAAUCUAAACAAGAAGGGCCAGAGGAGAAUAAUGCAAAUGAAUUAGAAGAAACCAGUGAAGACAAGCAAAUGGAGGCAACAGACAAUGUUGAUGAAAAUAUUAAUGCUUCAGAAAUGUCUAAUGACAAUAUUGAAUCUGCUGCUGAUGUUAAAGUUGAACAACAAGAGCAGGAAGUGAAACAGGAAAUUAUGGAUAGUAUAGAGCCACAAUUGCCAGAAAGUGCUGCUGAAGGCAUAGAAGAAAAAAAGAACGAAGACAUUGAUUCUAAUGAAAAGCUCUUGCAAACAAAUAAUACCACUAAUAAUAAAGAAGUUCCUAAAACUGAUAUUAAAACUGAGGUAGCAGCUGCGCCUGUCCCAGAUAAUUCAAACAAGCAAAAUCAAAAUUCAGUGGCUAAUAAAACAGCAACACCUAAUACUAGAGCAAAUAUGGCCACACGUGGUAGAGCAUCGAAUAGGGCUAGAAGAGGCACUCCUCGCCGAUAUUAACUUAUCCAAAAUUAGAUAAUUUGGGUUUGUUUUAGUAAACGGGUUUUUGACAUAAUGGUUGUCGAUACAGUGGCAACAAUCAAUAGUGUUUGGUAUUGUGGUAAAUUAUUUGAUUUUUUUAUGUGUAUUAAUUAAUUAAAAUAAGAGUAAGGGAUUGAUCAUAGAAA